AAGCUAUGGCUCAGUCCAACUCAAUUUAUGUGUCCGUCGGAAUCCUGGGCAUUUUAGGAGGUUCUCUCCUGCUGCUGGUGAACAGCUAUGCCAGCUCCCCUGAAAAAGACUUCAUCCCCCACACUGCACUGGGGAUCUUACUUCUCAUCAUUGCAGCCCUGGUAGCCUACACAGGUGUCCGUCACAGCUUGUCCCACUCCCAGCUGUUUUCCACCCUAUGUCUGACCAUCUCUGCUCUGUGGUGUGGGUCUGGUCUGGUCUACAUCCUGAUAGGACAGAGUGUCCUGUCACUCUCAGAGCUAAGAGCCUCUCUGAUCCCUGGCCUGGCAGCGUUUACCUUAGCCCUGUUCAUUAUAGGCACUGUUGCCCUCUUUAUGAAUAACCCUGUUCUGUUGGUCAUAGCUGUCAGCAUUUCCUUGGCCUCUGCCCACCAGAUCGCUGGGCUUUCAGAUUCAAGGUUUGGUCAGUCUGCCACAGCUGCAAACUACCUCCUUGUUUGUCUUGUGUGUGCAUAUUUUGGCUUUGGACGUCUGCUGUACACCAUCACACAGGGUAAAGUGAGACCUCCAGGUACAGUCAUGAAACAGAAAUCUGAGCUGAAAAAAGAACAGAACCAGAACUGUAGUGACGCAGUCAGUGUAGGUUUGGUGAUGAACAUGUUAUCUGCCUCUAUUUUAGCCUGUCCUCUGUUAGGCGUGGUCCCCCAGCUCUCUGUUGGUCAUGUUCCCUGGCUUUGGACAGCUGGAGUCUUCCAGCUUGGCAUGUGUGUCCUCUUUUACCGAGCAAUGGACACGCUUUCUGCGACGUUCUAUGGCUUUUUAUCCCUACUGAAAUUUGCUGAAGGCUACAGUGCUCUGUUAUCAUUCUACUCGAUUCAGCCAUUCUCCCCAGUUCCUUUCCCUGUUGUCUUUGCAGUUCUUUUCUCUGUUCUGGCACUGUUCAGCUGUCAGAAGAGCUUAUUAGAGGGCCUUUACCAGUUAUUCUUUGUAGCCUAUUGUAUUUCCAUCGCAGCCCAGCCUCAAGGCUUCUUCCAAGGAGGUACUCAGGGGGUGCAGGGAGCGAUCUUUGUAGCUACUGCUGGAGUGCUUUUUAUUACCACCUUCAACAUGGUCUCCAGUACGAGGAUCCCUACCGGGCAGGGUCUCUUUAAGGCUUUGACAACCAGGAUUCGCAGUCUUACUCUCAGGGCUCUUGAUAAAGAGCGACAUACACCUCAUCUCGGCUACUCCAAGUAUGCAGAUGCAGAGAUGUUGGGCCAUGCAUGCAAUGUUCUGGCUGCUUUUGCCAUCACAGCCACAAAUGGGGACAGGGACCCUCUGUCUGUGCUGAUUCUGCCCUGGGCAGUAAUGGCUGGUGGGGUGCUGCAGCUCCUGUGUGGCUCAGUUGCGUUUGCUCGGGGUAAAACCUUCGAGAGCACAGCUUUUAUUCUCUAUGGGGUGAUGUGGACAGUGUGGGGGUUGACGCGAUUUGGUGGUCUUUAUGGUGAGACCAGAGGUUUUAACGUUGCUGUUGGGAUCAUUGGUUUCAUGCUGUUUAACGUUCUGGUGACAAUUGCAGCACUGUUUCUGAAUGUUGCCUGGUUUGUCUAUGCAUUCACCUUCCAGCUGAUCCUUAUCAGCUUCCUGCUGGAUGCAGUAGGUGCACUGCCUUAUGGUUAUGAUAUUGGCGUCACAAUCAUCUUUGGUCUUGUCAGUUUUUACUGUUUCUUGGCGCACAUUUUCAACGGCACCUUCCAGUCUCCCCAAAUCCCCUUAGGAAGACCUUUAGUCAAGCUGGGGGGCGUCGGAGGCGGGGAAGGGGUCUGUCCACAUGUACCAGCUCGCAAAGCAACAUCAGUCCAACAGAUUGCAGAAAUCAUGAAAAAUGGAGGCAUAUGUGGAAUGCCAACUGACACUGUCUACGUGUUGGUAGCUGCCUGCAACAGGCCAGAUGCAGUUAUCAAAGCUUUCAAGGUUAAGAAACAGGCUCAGGACAGACCCAUGUCCAUGUGGAUCUCUUCUGUCAAGCAGCUGGAACCUGUCAGACACCUGCUGAGCCCUCUGCUCCUGGACUUCAUGGAGGCUGCAUGGCCUUCAUCAAUCAGCAUGGUCAUCCCAAGAGGCCCAUGGUUGGAUAUAUUUGGCCUGGGAGAUGCUGCCAUACACAUUGGGACUCCACAAAGUAUCGCCAUUAGAAGCCCAGACUGUGCAGUAGCCACACAUCUUAUUAAUCAGGUUGGUCCAAUUGCUGUAACCUCAGCCAACCCCACAGGUGAGGCAGACACAACUCACCAUAACCAAGUUUACGCUAAACUGGGAAAGAAGGUGGACGGGGUGUUGUGUGAUGGACCGUCCCCAGAGAAUAUAGCUUCCACUGUGGUUGACUGCACCAAGAUUGAAACUGGACAAAUUGGUUUCUUCAGAGUGGGCCUCAUUCCAAAAUCCAAGGUUCUUCAGAUAUUUGAAGAGAUUCGAAAUCGGCACAGACAAGGUUAUACUAAUCCAGGAUUUGAACAUGAUCUACCCCUACAAGACAUUCAAACAAAUCAAAGGCCAACACACACAACAGAAUGGGAAAAAGAAACUGGAAACCCAACACCAUCCACAGUUUUACCUCCACAGAGUCGAGACGUCAGAAAUGGCUCAUAACAGCCCAUUUUAGAGAUGCUUAAAGGGCUGUUCAGUGAUCAAGAGUCUGAUAAGCAUGAAUAGCUGCUAAAUUACCUGGAGAAAUGUGUAAGUGUUGCCACAUGCAGUAUAUUAUUGCAGGAAAAACACUAACCCUCAUUAAUUUAUUUUUGUACUGAAUAUAAGUUUCAUCUAGAGUAUUUGACAUCUUGUCUGUGUAUUGUAUAUAAUUCUAAAUCAAGAGAUAUGGUAUAUUCGCCACAUUAUAUGUAAUAAGUGGUUUCUGAUGACCCUGUAUAUACAUAAUUGACAUCGGGAGUCUUUUGCAUCAAUAAGAUAUUUUGGCUCAUUGUUAGUAGCAGAAAUCUUCUAAUUCUGCAAAUGAAGGGUUUGAGGUUGAACUGCGUGUUUAAAGUGAUACUAGAGUAUGAAUUUUAUUUCAGUCCAGACAAGCCCCUCCUCUUUUUCUUGUCAUUCAGUGGUGGCCUUGCUACUGUUCAUUGGAUAAAUGUCCUCAUGCAUAACUAAAGUGUGACGGGGAUUAAAGACAUGCAAUGAUGGCUGGACAUUCUCAUGCAGGAUUUUCUGGUAGAAAGCAAAAUUCAUGAUUAAAUCAUGUGGGCGAGUCAUCCAGGUCUUAAGGAAGCAAAGAAGCUCCAAACUUCACACUACUCAGUAUCACAUUCUGUCUCUGAAAUACUGUCUUAGUUUAAGGUCAGACAUAGACGUAACAUGAGACUUGUCUCACCAGUCCACAGAAUAUUUUCUCCCCCCCCCCCCCAAAAAAAAAAACAUCAACAUCCUUUUUGGCAAUUGAGACACAUGCCUUUGUUUUCUCUUGUUACUCCCCUAUGGAUGCCAUUUUUGCACAGUAUAUCUUUCUUAUUGUUAAAUCUUGAAUUCUGAGCACAACUGCAGCAGCAAAGUCUUUAGUGCUGAAGAUAUUUUUUUGACAUCCUGUUUGAAUCACCAAUGUGCUCUUGGAGUAAUUUUGGUUUGCCAGCCUGUGUGUUUUGAGUUGUAAAGGAUUGCCUUCAUUUUGGUUUUCUGUUAUCCAAAUAUCUUGAAAAUGGUUCUGUAACCUGUUCCAGCUGAAAUAUGUCGAUUGCUUACUUUUUGUAUUUUUUUUAGUUUAGAUCCUAGUUUUUUUUUUAGUGUUGCUUUUUGAUAUCUUUCAGCUGUCCUAUUUUAAAUGAUUAUAUGAGUAGGUCAUGUAAUAAUUGGGCUUUGGCUUGUAAAACUGAUGUCAGAUUUCUAAAAUAAAGUCAUUUAAAAUGUA